AUGAACAUCCACAAUGCAUUGAGUGGAACAUCCGGCAAAGAUAUGCAUAUCCUAGACGUGACCUUCAACCAGGACCAAGGCUGUUUCUCCAUUGCACACGAGAAAGGUUUCUUAGUGUACAAUUCCAACCCUAUUGACUUAAGAGUCAAGCGUCAGUUUACCUCUAGCAAUGGGUCUGGAUCAGGGAUCGGUCACAUUUGCAUGCUUCAUAGAACCAACUACUUGGCGUUGGUUGGCGGUGGAAAAAACCCCAAGUUUCCCAAUAACAAGGUAAUCAUUUGGGACGACUUGAAGAGAAAAACAAGCUUGAGCUUGAGUUUCAUGAGCCCCGUGCUCAAUGUACUUUUGUCACGUAUACGGAUUGUUGUGGUGUUGUUAAACCUGGUGGUUGUUUACGAGUUUUCAGCCCCUCCAAAGAAGUUUGCUACCUACGAGACUAGUGACAACGAAAAUGGCAUAGCGGACCUCUCGGUCCAUUCGGCAUCACUCUCCUUUCCAGGGGGAGACCUUCUGGGUUCAGGAUCGGAGAUGAGCCAUUUGCAUGACUCUCCAAAAUACCAAAUUCUCGCAUUUCCAGGCAGAACAACUGGCCAAAUCCAGUUAGUGGAUGUCUCGCCAGAAGGACAAGAAAAGAACUCCGUUAGCAUCAUCAAGGCCCACAAAAGUCGCAUCAGAUGCAUUUCAUUGAAUAGAUUGGGCACGUUGAUAGCAUCUGCCAGUGAAACCGGCACUCUCAUUCGCAUUCAUUCCACGCAUACCACAGCACUAUUGUACGAGUUUCGAAGAGGACUCGAUCGUGCAGUGGUAACCUCCAUGGAGUUUUCCCCAGACGACUCAAAACUUGCAGUUUUGUCCGAUAAGAACACCUUGCAUGUUUUCAACAUCGCUCCGUCAAUGGAUCGCACGCUGUCUGAUAAUUUCAAUGACGGAGGGAACGAUCACAAUACUCCUACUAACCGACAGCACAUCCUCAAGCGGUUUCUGCUUACAAUCCCCAUUCCAAACUAUUUUAAUUCUACGUGGUCGUUCUGCUCAGUCAAUACCAACAAAUACCACACUGACAUGGAUGGGGCACCAGAAAACUCUCACGAUGUCGGGGUGAUUGGUUGGUCAGGAAAUGAUAGCGUGGUAAUCAUUUGGAAACAGAAGAAGAUAUGGGAACGGUAUGUGAUUGUAGACUCUGUUUUCCCCGAUAAAACUCAUAAUUACGAAAUAGUACGGUACAGUUGGAAGAGCUUGGAAAGCUUGCUGGAGUGA